UUCCACUUCUAUAUCCGGAAGAGGACUUGAUGAUAAAGAAGUGUCUGAUUUUCCAGUGAACGAAGUCACUAAAUCCAGGGGCAGGAAGAAACAGAGCGAGCGUUUACAGUGAGAUGGCCAGUCCAAACGCUGCUUCACCAGGACCUAUCAGGCUGCCCAACGGGAAGCUCCAGUGUGAGGUGUGUGGGAUGAUCAGCAUCGGACCCAACGUGCUGAUGGUGCACAAGCGUAGCCACACAGGUGAGAGGCCGUUCCAGUGUAACCAGUGUGGAGCUUCCUUUACCCAGAAGGGGAACUUGUUGCGCCACAUAAAGCUGCACUCAGGAGAAAAGCCUUUUAAGUGUCCCAUUUGCAAUUAUGCUUGUCGCGGGAGAGAUGCCUUGGCUGGACAUCUACGCACACAUGCAGUUUCUUCUCCAACGGUGGGAAAACUUUUCAAGUGCAGCUACUGCAGUCGCAGCUACAAACAACAGAGCACAUUGGAGGAACAUCUAGAGCGCUGCCAUAGUUAUCUGAAGAGUUUGGAUCACCAGACAGCAGUCAACACACCAAUAACACAGG